CUAGUUGGAGCGAGCCUAUGCUUGACACACUUACCCACACCAUACGCAUACACAGUGUCGCGGCCUCUCCCCGAGCUUGUUCCGAGAUUACGCCGCUUUCAUCGGUUAGACAAACUAACGAAUCGCCGGUGAAAGACUGACUCUCCCCCCGCCCUGCGCUGUGUGUGACGCUGGUUAGCUCCGGUACAAGCUGGGAAUGUGUUUUAUUUAACAAUUACAUGACGACUUGUUCUCCGUACGGUUGCGGGGGGGGGGGACGCUUGUUAGCAGGGCUGAGAUUUUAGGCAUUUUAAAGUUGCACCGUGGGUGCAUACAGGCCACAACACCUCUAGCUAACUGAGUAACUUGAUAAGGGACAGACAACAUCUUGGGCGUCUGUGUUUGUUUCGGUGAAGCCGCGGAGGUCUCCAGCAGCAGCCAUGGCAGGGACACGGACAGCUGCUCUGCUGGUCCUGGUGUGUUUACACUUCCAUCGCUCCAGCUCUUUCAACCUGGAUGUGGAUAAUCCCUACGUAUAUCCCGGACCCGAGGGGAGCUACUUCGGCUUUUCGGUGGACUUCUUUAAGCCUUCAAACAACCUACAGUCAGACGUUCUGAUUGGAGCUCCUCGAGCUAACAUGUCUGCGGACAGCAUUGUGGAGAGAGGAGCAGUGUACAGCUGCCCCUGGGGCGGAUCCAGCGCCUGUCAGCAGCUGGUGUUUGACAACAAAGACGAAAGGACGCGUGAUGGGGCUAAGAUGGAGUUUAAAUCCAAACAAUGGUUUGGAGCGUCAGUGCGAUCUGAUGGAGAACACAUUCUGGCGUGUGCUCCCCUUUACCAGUGGUCAACCUUAGGUGUCUCUGAGCGUGAGCCUGUGGGAACUUGUUACCUGAAGAAAGGAAACCAGGUGGUUGAAUACUCGCCCUGCAGAACAGAUAAAAACUCACCAGAAGGGCAGGGCUUCUGCCAGGCUGGCUUCAGUGUCGAUUUCCUUAAGAAUGACAAAAGGGUGGUGGUGGGAGGACCUGGCAGCUUCUACUGGCAGGGUCAGCUGAUCUCGGAUGACGUCUCAGAGAUUUUUACCCGCUUCACUAAUGAUUACUUCACCCGUUAUGGAAACACGCUCUCCACCAAGUCAGCCAAUGCCCAGUAUGACGACAGUUAUCUUGGAUACUCUGUGACAGUUGCAGACUUCAAUGGCGAUGGAAAGGACGAUUUUGUGACUGGAGUACCGAGGGGGGAGAAGGCGCUGGGUUAUGUGAACAUCUUUAACGGCGCAGUCAUGGAGUCCAUGAUCAACUUCACAGGGUCACAGAUGGCUGCGUACUUUGGACAUUCAGUUGCAGCUUUUGAUGUCAACAAUGACGGUAAUAUGGAUGUGUUCGUUGGAGCUCCUCUCUUCAUGGACAGGGGCUCAGAUGGAAAACUGAGGGAGGUGGGACAGGUGUCUGUCUAUCUUGGUCGGGGUGGAUUUUCCUUCCAACCACCUCGGUUGCUCACUGGGUCCGAAGUUUACGCCAGAUAUGGCUCUGCCAUUGCAGCGCUAGGAGACCUGAACAUGGAUGGCUACAAUGAUGUGGCCAUCUCUGCUCCUUACGGAGGCCCCAACCAUAAUGGCUUGGUUUACAUCCAUAAUGGCAGCCCUCAGGGGCCCAAAGCAUCACCAUCCCAGCGCCUGGAGGGCAAAUGGGCAUCCAGUUACAUGCCCCCUAGCUUUGGGUACUCCAUGUCUGGAAAUACUGACAUAGACCAGAAUGGAUAUCCAGAUUUAAUAGUUGGAGUGUUUGGAGCAGACAAAGCCGUUUUGUACAGAGCCCGUCCAGUGAUCAGUGUAAAUGCCACGUUGGACAUCACACCCCUGAUCAUCAACCCUGAGGAAAAGAACUGCACACUGUCUAAUACCAGCACACCUGUAUCAUGUUUUAAGGUGAAGUACUGUCUGAAGGUCAACGGCCAUAGGGCUCCAAACCUGCUCACUUUCCGAGUGCACCUCAUGUUGGACCGCUUGAAGCAGAAGGAGACGACUAAGCGUGUCUUCUUCCUGCACAGUGGCACCUUUCAGUACUCCAAAGACACGACCGUGUCCAACGGCAAAGGGCCGACCUGCGAGGAGCAGUGGGUCUACCUGGAUAAUCGAGAGUUCCGGGAUAAGAUCACUCCCAUCUCAGUGUCAAUGGAGUACAGUAUGAACUACCAGCAGGCUGCAGACAAAACGGGAUUGCAGCCUAUUGUUGACAUGUCAUCUCCAUCCGAAAUCAACAAACAGGUUCAUAUCCUGUUGGACUGUGGGCCUGACAACAUCUGCAAACCUGACCUCAAGCUGUCGGUUAAAAGUGACCGUGACCAGAUUUACAUUGGCGAUGAUAACGCUCUGACCCUGGAGAUCACAGCUGAGAAUCAAGGCGAGGGAGCCUACGAGGCCGAACUCCACAUCUACCCUCCGCAGCAGGCUGACUUCAGCGGUCGCAGUCAGGCCCUGUCUAGGCUGUCCUGCGCCUACAAGAAAGAGAACCAGACUAAAAUGGUGGUGUGUGACCUUGGAAACCCCAUGAAGGGAGGAACUAAGAUGGUGGCUGAGUUGGGGUUCAGCGUGCAACAGCUAUCAGAGGACGACACAUCUGUCCGCUUUGACCUGCAGAUAGUCAGCUCUAACCAGUUUGACAACACCAGUCCCAAAGUCACCAGCGUCAUCAAACUGGCUGUACUCGCUAAAGUCUCCAUCAGAGGGUCUUCAUCUCCUGGUCAGGUGUUUAUUCCUAUCGCCAACUGGAAACCGAGAGACCCUCCUGUAUUCGGUGACGACAUCGGACCACAAAUAGUACACGUCUACGAGCUCCUGAACAACGGUCCCAGUACGUUCAGUAAGGCAGCGCUGGAGGUCAAGUGGCCGUACCAGUUUAGAAACAGCUCUCUGCUCUACAUCACCAGCUACGACACAGAGGGACCCAUCAACUGUACCACUGACAUACAGAUAAACCCACUCAAUGUCUCUAACCCAGUGAGCACUUCAAAGAACACCAGCACUGUUACGCCUGGAGGACGAGAGUCGGAGGGACGGAAUCAAAACAGCGUCCGCCAGAGGAGAGAUCUGGAGUCCAGAAAUGCAGAGAAUGACCUGCAGACACUGGACUGCCACACAGCUAAGUGUCUGACACUGAAAUGUCAGGUCGGUCGUCUAGAAAGGAGGAAGAACGCCAUCCUCUUCAUCUACUCCAGACUGGAUGUCAACAACUUCCUCAGGCCUGAGAAUCAGAAUCGUUCCUAUGUGAUACAAUCAACGGCUAGCUUCAGUGUGAUCGAGAUGCCCUACAAGAACCUGGAGAUGGAGCUACCAUCCAAUAGCACCACAGUGAGUGUAUCAGUGGUUUGGGUGGCUGAGCCUCCUCCACCAGUGCCAGGCUGGGUGGUGGCUCUGGCUGUGCUGGCAGGACUGCUGCUGCUGGCGCUGCUUAUCUUCAUCAUGUACAAGUUGGGUUUCUUUAAGAGAGUCCGCCCCCCACAGGAGGACUGCAUUGAAAAGGAGCAGCUGCAGCCGGAGGAGAACGGAAACACUGAUGCCUAGAUGUCAAACUGUGAGGGACUGAUGGCAAAUCAGUAGGGGGUGGGAAGAAAUCAGGGUAAAAAGGCCUCUGAGAGCAUUUCACUGUAUUGACUGUUGGAUGGCAGAUAAUGAUAUGAUUUAAGAUUUAAUGUGCUGGUUUUAUUUUUAUUUUGUUUUUAAAAAAAAAAAAAUGUCAACAUGUAUUUGUGCCAAAAGAGAAUCUGGAAAACAUUGAUCAAACAAAAUCCACAAAGUUUAGUGUUAAAGGAGCAGUUCGACGUUUCCUGAGAAGCUGCAUCACAGUGUGUGCGUGAUGGCUGAACGACGCUGAUGUUACGAACUGCAGAUGUUUUGUGAGUUCACACAUACAUUUGUUUAAUUUGUGAGAGUUGCAUGAUCAGAUUGCCUGCUUUAAAAAUAUAAAGCUACAGCUUGAUUAGCUUACCUUAACAUGGGACUGGGAACAAAGAAAAUUCACCUCAUCUUUUCACAUUAAUGAUAUUAAAAAUCACAACUCUAAGUAUUAUAUAAACAUUUAAUAAAUGUUUUUUGUUCCCUAAAAUCAUUAUUGAUAAAAUGUGUCAAAAUGCUUUUACAAACUAGCUGUGAGAGCUAGCAAGUCGAUCUCUUGUAUUGUAUUCAACAUUUGAAAAAUGCAGAAUUUCAUAUUUACAAUUCAAGCAUUAAAAAUUAAACAAGCUAGAGCAUAUUAGUGAACAUUAAAGCUGCCAGGCAGAUCUUGUUAUCUCUUCACAGGACCACGCUAGCUGUUCCCUAGCCAAGCUAAUCCACUGCAGUUUCAUAUUUAAUAUUCAAACACAAGCCUGUUGUCAUUCUGAACAUGUCCUAAACCGUUGAGCUAUUCCUUUAACAAAUCGAGAAACUUAAUGGUUUUGUUCCAGCAGGCAGUUGAAAUCAAAAUUACAGUUUUCCAGAAGUUAUAAGAAGCAUAAACCACCUUAAUUUUCACAUUUUCCAUCCAAACACAAAUUCAGCAAUGAGAUAAACAGCCUUGUUGUUAUGCUACACUUAAGUCAUUGUUUUAGAGUUUCUAAGAGCAGUUAAUUAUUAAUACAGCCAGUGAUUAUUAUUGUAUUGUAUUAUAGAAUACCACAGACUGAAUCAGUGGAGUUUAAAUCAGCAAAGGUGCGCUAUAAAAACACAUUAUCCCAGCUGAGACACAAGAAGCGUAAAACACCACAAACACAAUAGCCAACUGAUCCAAGCAGAGCAUAAACAAAUAACACAUAUGUCACAGUGAUGUGCCAUAUUAUCUUAGUAUGGACUCAAAUUAUUACUACGCAAAACAAGUGUUUGUUUCAUAUGUGAGAGUAUCGGCCGAUAUAUUGAAUUUUUAUCAGUCGGGUUCCACUUGUAAUUUAGUAAAUGUUUUUUUUCUUUUUGUUUUAGUGACGUGAUUAAUUUUGAUCAACCAGCAAUGUAAAAACAAACAAAAACAAAGCAAUACGGUAACUGAAGCAGCUAGUUAGCUGCAUUCAGGUCUUUUUAGAUGUUUCGGUAAAACUGGUUUAUCUGCUGUAGCAUGGGAUGAUGGGAAGCUCACAAUAAUAUAUUUGCCCUUAUGUACGCUUGUUUUUUCUCUUCCUGCUUUGUGUGUGGGGUAGCUGAUCUGCAUUUCUCUUGUAUGAGUUUGCUUUGGGAUGUUGGUGGUUGUUUCCUUUGUAUUUUGUACACAACAUUAAUUAGAGUUUUAGAAGUUUGUCCAACCUUUUUCAACACAAUCAAGAAAAUGUUUGGCCAAAUGUAAUUUUGUUUGUGCAGAAAAUGGUUGAAAAUCAUUUUAAGUUCUGUCUGAUUAGUCAGUCCACAGAAGCCUCAUAUCUCGCAUCAUUAUGUUGAAGCUGAUCUUAUGUUGUGUCUCUGCAAGCAAAGAGCUGUAACUGGCUGAGAAAAUGUUUCAGGCUGUAUGGAAACCGGUCUAUAUUUGCCAUACAUUAAAUGCAUUCUAGAUCCUAACAAGUAUUAUUAAAUGAACAAUUUCAGUUAUUUUUCAAGUGAAUAGAUAAACUUAAAAACAUUUUUUUUGGAUUUUUAUUUUUAUUUUUAACCUGACCAAUUGAUGAAAGUAUUAAAGUAUUUAAGACAUUACACAUUUUAAUGUUUAAGAUUUGUCAACAUGUGUAAAUACCUUCAGUCAGUGGCUAGAGCAACAGCAAUAGUAACUAUGGGGGUGGAGCUUAACAGACUAUUAGUAAUUCUAACCUGGCAAAGUACGGGCUGUUUUAGUGUUAGUGAGCUGCGACUUGAGUGUUGACCAGUGUGUGUUGACAUGAUCGAUUGGAUUGUGUAUUUGCAAGCAUGUGAUUGGUUCAUGUUUCAUUGUAAUCACUAGUUGAGGCCCGUUCAGCUCACACAGCAACAAGCAUAGAGUUUUAUUGUGUAGUUUUAAAUCACAAACUUCUUUUUAAAAAGACUUGUAGUCCUUUUCACUGAAUUGGUUGUGACAGUUUUUCCUGCACUGAGGCCUUUUGGAUUUCUACUUAUUUACAUUCAGAUUUCAGACUGGCAGCUUUGCUGGGAACAAGUUAAAACAAACGCAGGUUUCUACUUUGUGUUUUGAGUAUAUGAUUGCUCUAAUACUUAAGAAAAAAAAAAAGAAAAAAAUACUUUGCUAUUUACCCAUAUUGGGUUCGCAUUAUAAAUUAAUGUUUAUAGCUGAUUAUAGGUUUACAAAUAUAAUAAUGCAGGUAACAUUCAUCAUAAAAUAACAGGAAGACUUUAAUAAGCACAUUAUACAUUGUUUUCUUUCAGUGGCAUCUUAACCAAUACUUUGAACCAACUUGUCCUACUUGAGCAAAGAGUUGUGUGUUUGUGUCGGACGGCACUUCUUAACAAAUGAGUGAUUUUGGUAUGAGGAUUGAUCUUAGGUCAGUGCUCUCAUGCGGGAGAUAAACUGAGCGGCUUCACUGCACUGUUCAUUUUUUCUAUAAAGGUUUUCUAAGGUUGAUUGUGUGUAAAUUAGACCAAAACAGCAUGUUUCUCUUUGCCAGGAGUCAGUUGGACAGAAAUCUGUUCAUUUCAGUAUCAGUCAUUUCAAAUUACUCAGAAAAGCUGCAAAUCGCUAAAACAUUUAUUUCUGUCCUAACAUCUUUGAUAUGACCUUAUUAUCAGCACCGUUGUCCUGAGCGAUGAUGCAAAAGCCUUUGGUGAGUAGAGGAGUUUGUGUUAAAUAUGGAGGAAUAAUAAAAAAAAACAAAGCCUCCUGGCAGAUACGAGUGAUUUGCAGCCAGUCAUUUGUAUUUAAUAUUGCUCCGUGUUUCUUUCUGCCCUAAGAAAAUAUUGACUAUUUUUGAUGUAUGUAUUCUUUCACAUAGAGAAUAAAACAAUGAUUUCAUAAAGAGAUGAUUUUACCUUUAAACUAAAAUAAACUGAUUUGUUCACAUCUG